AUGACUGGCCGUGGUGGAGGCGGCGGGCGCCGCGUGUUGCUGCCGCCAAUCAACAUGAUCUUCAAGCUUCUGCAGUCUCACGCGACUGUAAGCGUGUGGCUGUACGAGCAGCUGUCCUUUCGGAUCGAGGGCAAGAUUCGGGGCUUUGACGAGUUUCUGAACCUCGUGCUGGACGACGCGGUGGUGGUUGGCCAAAUCACAAAGACGCAAGAGGAAGAGACGCGGAAACCGCUCGGCCGCAUCUUGCUGAAGGGCGACAACAUCUCGCUCAUCCAGGGCGUUUCUUCGUAG